GGUGAAUGAUGACGACGAAACGCAGACAGUUGGGUUAUAUACAUUCCCUCAAGUGUAGUUAUCAUGUUUAUAACUCAGCCACAUCCACUUAUUCUACAUCCGCAAAUAUACACUACUAAUUUCAUUCAACAUCUUUUUUCUGCUCCAAAUGUCGGAUUUCAGAGGCGAAGCACAAAAGCAUCUCUUGUGCGCAGAAAACAGCGUGGCAAAAAUGGAGGUGAGGGAUCUGACGAAGGUGUCGGACAAGGAUGUAAGGAUUCUGAACAAGGUCAACGUUGACAUUCCGAGAGGGGUGGUGAUGGGGGUGAUGGGCCCCAGCGGCAGCGGCAAGUCAACUCUGCUGCGGGCCCUUAACCGCCUCUGGGAGCCGCCUCCCGGCUGCGUUUUCCUCGACGGCGUCGAUAUUUGCGAGCUUGACGUGCUCUCUCUCCGCCGCAAAGUCGGCAUGCUCUUCCAGCUUCCUGUUCUCUUCCAAGGCAGCGUGGCAGAUAACAUUCGGUAUGGGCCGCAGUUGAGAGGGAAGAAGCUGAGCGACGACGAGGUCCACAACUUGCUUGCUCUGGCCGACUUGGAUUCCUCCUUCAGCGCCGCCUCCGGUGGAGAGUUAUCCAUCGGCCAAGCUCAGAGAGUUGCUCUCGCUAGAGCCUUAGCUAAUCAUCCCGAGGUUCUGCUGCUGGACGAGCCAACGAGCGCCUUGGAUCCGAUAUCGACUCAGAACAUAGAAGACGUUCUGGUGAGGCUCAAGGAGGAUAGCGGUAUGACUAUUGUGAUGGUGUCUCACAGCAUGAAGCAGAUACAGAGGAUAGCUGAUAUUGUGUGUCUUGUUGUGGAGGGUGAGAUCGUUGAAAUCUUGGAUGCCAAGCACCUCUCCGAGGCGAAGCAUCCCACAGCGAGAGCCUUCCUUCACCUCACCUCCUAACUGCAAGUAAUCACAGACCACACUCUCUUUCAGCCUCAUACAUGGAUGGCCUCAACUUCAGCUUUCUCUAAGUGGUACCAGAUUUUGAAAUUGAUGAUGUUUCUUUCUCUCUUUGGGGAUGAACAAUGGAUUAUAAAUUAUCAGUUUCAAGACUCUUUGCAUCUAGCUAAUAACAAA